GCUCAGAGAUAAUCUCAAGUCCUUUUCUCAUAGUUUGUGUUUCUGUCUCCGGCGUGUCCCCGCCGGAAAAUCUUCCGGCAAAACCCCGGUGAAGAUUGAAUUGGCGAGGCUUUGAGCUGGUCUUUGCGUGCUUUGUGAGUUUAUGGGCAAAGCGACGUAGUAAAGGAUCCAGUUUUGUGAGAGUGGGCUGACUCAGUGAGUCUUGCUUUGGCUGGGAUCAUAAAAUGUCUUUUCAGCACAAAAGCUUUUGGAUGCCCAGGGAUGCUGGGUGUCUAACUGAUGGAGAGAUGGGUUGCGAUAAUACCUCCAGAAUUGAUCCAAAGCGUGGUCAUCAGUGGUUUAUGGAUGCCAGUGGGCCAGAUCUGUUCAACAAGAAGCAAGCUGUAGAAGCUGACGAUGGAAGACCAGUUUCAGGAGUUGCACAUAUGAAUGUUUUUCCAUGGGAUAACAGUCCUAGCUUCCAAUCUGUUCCGGGGCAAUUCACCGACCGCCUCUUUGGAUCUGAGCCUUUACGGACUGUCAAUCUGGUUGAUAGGAAUAUUCCUUCUGUUGGAAGUGGAAAUAUGGUUAUAGGAAUAAAAGGUUUUGAGAAUCAGUAUGGAAAAGAUCCUUCGGUGGAUUUGUCUAUGUCUCAUACUAUUGAAGAUCCAUCAUCAUGUCUGAGUUUUGGUGGGAUAAGAAAAGUUAGAGUCAAUGAAGUUAACUCUGACAAUGGCAUGUCUGAAUCUAUGGGGCAUACCUACAGUAGGGCUGAUAACAGUAUAAUAUCUAUAGGUGCCUCCUAUAGUAAGAAUGAUGCAAAUGCCAUAUCGUUGGGUACUACUUACAACAAUGGGGAUGAAAAUGCCAUCUCAAUGGGCCCCACCUUCAGCAAGGCAGAAAACAAUUUCAUGUUGAUUGGGCACACGUUCAAUAAGGGAGAUGGCAAUUUCAUAACAAAGGGUCACAACUAUGGCAAGGCAGACAAUAGUAUGUUAUCAAUGGGUCAGCCAUUUGACAAGGGGGAUGGAAAUUUUAUAUCCAUGGGUCAGUCGUUUGAAAAAGGAGAUAGCAGUGUCAUAUCAUUGGGUGCCUCCUGUACCAAGGGGCAUGAGAAUUUUAUUACAAUGGGCGGUAAAGCCAACGAGAAUUUUAUAUCAAUGGUGCCAUAUAAGGGGGAUCAUAUCAUAUCAAUGGGUCCAACCUAUGACAAGGCAGAUUCCAACAUUUUAUCAAUGGGAUCUUCCUAUGACAAAGGAGAUUGCAGCGCUCAAUCUUUGGGCCACAACUAUAAUAAGGGCGCUCAAUCUUUGGGCCACAACUAUAGUAAGGGCGAGAGCAAUACCAUAUCUUUUGGAGGUCUUCAUGAUGAAUCUGAGACAGAUCCCUCUGGGGGGAUCAUUAGUAGCUAUGAUUUAUUGAUGAGUACUCAGAACGCAGCUCAAGCUUCAGAAGAAGUAUCAGGCCAGAAGGAUCUGGUUGAAACUAAUGCUGAUCCGGUUGUAAAUGAUGCUCAAAAAGCUAAACCUGAUGCCAACCCCAGGAAUAAGGAGCCAAAGACAACUAAGAAGGUUCCUCCUAACAACUUUCCUUCAAAUGUCAAAAGUUUGUUGUCUACUGGUAUGUUCGAUGGGGUCCCCGUGAAGUAUGUUUCCUGGUCACGUGAGAAAAAUCUUAAAGGAGUUAUAAAGGGAACUGGGUAUUUGUGUUGCUGUGACAGCUGCAAGCUUUCCAAGUCUCUAAAUGCUUAUGAGUUUGAGCGUCAUGCUGGUUGCAAGACCAAACACCCGAAUAAUCACAUUUAUUUUGAGAAUGGAAAGACCAUCUAUGCUGUUGUUCAAGAGCUGAAGAACACGCCUCAGGAGAUGCUGUUUGAUGCAAUUCAAAAUGUGACGGGUUCUCCAAUUAAUCUGAAGAACUUCCGGAUCUGGAAAGCAUCAUAUCAAGCUGCCACCCGUGAACUUCAGCGUAUCUAUGGAAAGGAUGAAGUUAUCAUGCCAUCCUGAGAUGAAAACCCUUCCUUUCUGACGAUUUUGAGGUUGUGAAUAUGUGAUAUGCGCAUAGCAGAAUACAACCUAUAGAAUAUAUAGAGUCAGUGGGGAAUUUAAUAGUUUGAGCUGAUGGAUGUUUAUAAGUAUUUUGGCUUCCUUUUUCUU